UCGGCGCCACGGCCGCUGCGGACGGAAGCCCGUCUGCUGGCUGAGAUGUCUAUGGCGACAUUGAAAAUGAAUUCUGUAUUUUCACCACAUACUGUUAUAUGAGAAGAUCCAUUUCACAAAGUCUAAAUAUUUUUUCUGUUGGGCCAGCAUGGCAGGAUUCAAGCGAGGAUAUGAUGGAAAGAUUGCUGGAUUAUACGAUCUGGAUAAAACCUUGGGUCGAGGUCAUUUUGCAGUGGUUAAACUUGCCAGACAUGUUUUUACAGGUGAAAAGGUGGCAGUGAAAGUUAUUGACAAGACAAAAUUGGAUACUCUCGCCACUGGUCAUCUUUUCCAGGAAGUGAGAUGCAUGAAGCUAGUGCAGCAUCCUAACAUCGUGCGCCUUUACGAAGUUAUUGACACUCAGACCAAACUGUAUCUUAUUUUAGAACUUGGGGAUGGAGGCGACAUGUUUGAUUACAUAAUGAAACAUGAGGAGGGUCUUAAUGAAGACUUGGCCAAAAAAUACUUUGCUCAGAUAGUUCAUGCUAUAUCUUAUUGCCAUAAACUCCAUGUAGUUCACAGAGACUUAAAACCAGAGAAUGUGGUUUUCUUUGAAAAGCAAGGUCUUGUAAAGUUGACAGACUUUGGUUUCAGCAACAAAUUUCAGCCAGGGAAGAAGCUCACUACAAGUUGUGGAUCUCUUGCAUAUUCUGCUCCAGAAAUUCUGCUUGGUGAUGAGUAUGAUGCACCUGCAGUAGAUAUAUGGAGUCUGGGAGUGAUCCUUUUCAUGUUGGUGUGUGGGCAGCCCCCCUUUCAAGAAGCCAAUGACAGUGAAACAUUGACAAUGAUCAUGGAUUGCAAAUACACAGUACCAUCCCACGUGUCUAAAGAGUGUAAAGACCUGAUCACUCGGAUGCUUCAGAGAGAUCCUAAGCGCAGGGCCUCUCUAGAAGAGAUUGAGAACCAUCCUUGGCUUCAGGGAGUGGAUCCUUCACCAGCCACAAAGUACAACAUCCCCCUCGUGUCUUACAAAAACCUCUCGGAAGAGGAGCACAACAGCAUCAUUCAGCGCAUGGUGCUCGGGGACAUAGCAGAUCGUGACGCCAUUGUUGAAGCCCUGGAAACAAACAGAUACAACCACAUCACAGCUACUUACUUCUUGCUCGCUGAAAGGAUCCUGAGAGAAAAACAAGAAAAGGAAAUACAAACCAGGUCUGCGAGCCCCAGCAACAUAAAGGCCCAGUUUAGGCAGUCAUGGCCAACCAAAAUUGAUGUCCCCCAGGACCUGGAGGAUGACCUCACAGCCACCCCUUUGUCCCAUGCGACUGUCCCUCAAUCUCCCGCCCGGGCUACCGACAGUGUCCUCAACGGUCACAGGAGCAAAGGCUUGUGUGACUCGACUAAGAAAGAGGACCUCCCCGAGUUGGCUGGACCAGCCCUGUCCGCAGUGCCACCCGCAAGCCUGAAACCCACAGCCAGUGGGCGUAAGUGUCUGUUCAGGGUGGAAGAGGACGAAGAAGAAGAUGAGGAGGACAAGAAACCCAUGUCCCUCUCAACGCAAGUGGUUUUGCGCCGGAAGCCGUCGGUGACCAACCGCCUGACAUCUCGGAAGAGUGCUCCUGUCCUCAACCAGAUCUUUGAGGAAGGGGAGUCGGAUGAUGAGUUCGACAUGGAUGAGAAUCUGCCUCCCAAGCUGAGCAGGUUAAAAAUGAACAUCGCGUCCCCGGGCACAGUUCACAAACGUUACCACCGGAGGAAAAGUCAGGGCCGAGGCUCCAGCUGCAGCAGCUCAGAGACCAGUGAUGAUGAUUCGGAAAGCCGCCGGCGGCUCGAUAAAGAUAGCAGCUUCUCCUACUCCUGGCAUCGCCGGGACAGCAGCGAGGGCCCUCCCGGCAGUGAGGGAGAUGGUGGAGGCCAGAGCAAGCCGAGCAAUGGCAGUGGAGGGGCGGACAAGGCCAGCCCCAGUGAGAACAAUGCCGGCGGGGGCAGCCCCUCGAGCGGCUCCGGUGGCAACCCCAACAACACGUCGGGUACCACGCGCCGCUGUGCUGGCCCCGUCAGCUCCGUGCAGCUGGCAUCCCGCAGUGCCGGCGAGCUCGUCCAGAGCCUCAAACUCAUGAGCCUCUGCCUGGGCUCCCAGCUCCAUGGCGGCACCAAGUACAUUAUCGACCCCCAAAGCGGCUUGUCGUUUUCCAGUGUGAAAGUCCAGGAGAAGUCCACAUGGAAAAUGUGCAUCAGCUCCACAGGGAACGCGGGGCAGGCCCCGGCUGUGGGCAGCAUCCGGUUCUUCUCUGAGCACAUGGCAGCCCCUGCGGCUGAAUUGGAGCGGAUAAAGAGCAAGAACCUGAAAAACAACGUGCUCCAGCUACCUCUGUGUGAAAAGACCAUCUCUGUGAACAUCCAGCGGAGCCCCAAGGAGGGCCUGCUGUGUGCCUCCAGCCCGGCCAGCUGCUGCCACGUCAUCUGA